AUGCUGCACGGCGGCUCCACCCAAAAGGUCGGCCUCAGCGCCUCACCCUCGUGGACCAGCAUCCUCUCCGUCGCCGGCGUCGUCGAGGCCCUCCGAGAACUCUUCUCCUCGUCACAGUUCCGCGACGGCAUCAAGUUCUUUGCCAUCGGCGCAGCCCUCUCCACAACAAAGUCGAUCCUCAACUACGUCUGGUCCAACGUCCGCCGUCUCUUCCUCCACAAGGCCGUCAUCCGCGACACGGACCCCGCCUACCAGGCCGUCUUGCGCUACGUCGUCGACGCCGGCGCCUGGUCAAAGUCGGCCCGCGACGUCGAGGUCUCGAGCUACCCGCGCAUGCCCUACGACUAUGUCCGUGACGAAGACGACGGCGGCACCGGCGGAGAGCUCGUCGACCUCGACUCGGUCGAGCUCGGCAUCAAUGGCGACACCCACCGCAAGAGCGAGACCCGCGUCCACUUUUUCCCGCUGGCCACCGACUCGUUCCGCUUCUCCUACGAGGGCACGCCCGUCUGGUGCACGCGCAAGCGCGAGCAGAUCGGCGACAGCAACUUCCAGGACACGCUCGAGCUCAACUUCCUCACAUUCUCGCGCCAGCCGCUCCGCCGCUUUUUUGUAGAGGCCCGCGUCACCUUCUCGCAGUACAACUCGGGCAAGGUCGUCGUCAUGAACAUCGACAAGUACAUGAACUGGUCGCAGGCGGCGGCGCGCCCCAAGCGCUACUUUAACAGCAUCCACCUGCCGGGAGACACCAAGGAAAAGCUGCUGGCCGACGCCAAGACGUUCCUGCUGCCGAGCAACCGCAAGUGGUACGCCGACCGCGGCAUCCCCUACCGACGCGGCUACCUCCUCUACGGCCGACCGGGCAGCGGAAAGACCAGCACCGUCCACGCGCUCGCCAGCGAGCUCGACCUCAAGAUCUACACGGUCGCGCUGACGUCGAAGAAGAUGUCCAACGCCGUCUUCCAGGAGAUGCUGGCCAGCGUCCCGCCCAAGUCGAUUGUGCUGAUCGAGGACAUCGACGCGGUCUUCCAAUCCAGAGUCAUGAAGGAGACGAGCGACGACGUGGCCGACGGCAUGGCCGACCGCAUCGAGAUGCCCUCGCGGGCGUCGGCCCUCCGGCAAGCGCAGGAGGAUGCCGCCGCCGCCGCCAACACGUCCGACGUCACUUUCCAGACGCUGCUCAACGUCAUCGACGGCGUCGGCGCGCCCGAGGGGCGGAUACUCAUCAUGACGACCAACCACCGCGAGCUGCUCGACGAGGCCCUGAUCCGACCGGGCCGCAUCGACCUCCAGAUCGCCUACAUGUACGCGACCAAGGGCCAGGUGCUUGAUCUCUUUACGCGGUGGUACGAGCAGCUCGCCACGUCGCCAACAGCGCCACUCGGAGGUGGGGCCGGAGCGGAGAAAAGUCUGCCAGCGUCGUCGUCGUCGUCGGACGAGGGUGCGCUCGAUCAUGCCAAGCUGCGGGAGCUGGCGGCGCGCUUCGUGGCCCAGGUACCCGAGGGCGAGCUGUCGCUUGCCGCCAUCCAGGGCUUCCUGCUGCUGCACAAGGAGGACCCGCACGGCGCCGUAGACAAUGUAGCGGCGUGGCUCAGGGAGCAGGCGGAUGCCAAGUAG